GGGUCAUCAGGCACGACAACGGGCAUCGGAUCAUUUGGCUCGCCAGCGGGCACCGCAUCAUCUGGCAAGGCAGUGGGCACCGAGUCACCAGGCACGACAGUGGGUUCCGAGUCAACUGGCACGACAGUGGGUUCCGAGUCAACUGGCAUGACCGCGGGCACUGGGUCAGACAUUGGAUCGUCUGGCUCGACAGUGGGCAUCGGGUCACCAGGCAUGACAGCGGGCAGUGGGUCAUCAGAUACCGGAUCGUCUGGAUCGACAGCGGGUACCGGGUCAUCAGGCAUUGGAUCGUCUGGCUCGACAGCGGGCAUCGGGUCACCAGGCAUGACAGCGGGCACUGGGUCAUCAGGCGUGAUAGGAUCAUCAGGCUGGAUCAGUUUCAUCAGGCUGGGUAGAGACAUCAGGCUGGGUAGAGACAUCAGGCUGAAGUGCGGGGUGCCGAGGCACCAGGCUGAACCACGGAAGGCAGGUUCUCAGACGGCAGGCCCACCGGUUUGGAUACUGGCAGGAUGGUACUGGUUGGGAAGAAUUUUUGCUUUUUUCUGGUUUUAGUUACCGGAGCGCUGUAAGUAAGCGCAGGUUUGGUUAAAGGCAGGAUAGGUGCAGCGAGUGAGAGCAGAGGGCUGAUAUGUGGUAGUUAGAGUAUACUGGACCAUCACUGGGGGUGCUGUCGGGGAUGUAGGAAGAGUGCCUUGAGCGGAGGAAUGACGUUGUAAGCUGACGAAGGAUGGGUGCAACA